CGGUAGCCCAGAGAUCCGCGGCUCGGCCCGCGACUUACAGUCACUUUUCCUGUUGCGGGCGCUUCCGGUUCCGGUACGAGGAGCCGCACGGGAUCCGAGGCGCCAGGCAUGGCGGGGAGCCGCCUGGAAACCGUGGGGAGCAUUUUUUCGCGGACGCGGGACCUGAUUCGGGCUGGUGUGUUGAAGGAGAAGCCCCUCUGGUUUGACAUAUAUAAUGCCUUCCCCCCACUGAGGGAGCCGGUCUUCCGAAGGCCCCGCUUGCGAUACGGCAAAGCUAAAGCUCACAUCCAGGACAUCUUCUACCACGAGGAUCGGAUUAGAGCGAAAUUUUAUUCAACCUAUGGAUCUGGUCAAAAAGCUUUUGAUCUGUUCAAUCCAAACUUCAAGUCUACCUGUCAACGGUUUGUGGAGAAGUACAUUGAGCUACAGAAACUUGGAGAAACAGAUGAAGAGAAGUUAUUUGUGGAAGCAGGGAAGGCUUUAUUGGCAGAAGGUGUCAUUUUAAGACGAGUAGGAGAAGCAAGGACUCAACAGGAUGGUAGUCACAUUUCCUGGAAAUCUGAACCCAUGGGUGUCGAGCCCCAGACUGCGUUGGAGAACCAGUCUCUGAAAGAAGAUCCACAGGCCCAGCAUUUGGGGGCAUCUGGAGAACAGUCGACAGGCCUCUCACCUCCCUGAAGAACUUGUAUGCUGUGUAUACUGACAUCCAAACUGGAUUCACUACAUGAAUGUUGUACUAUUUUUAACAGUUGAACUGUGUAAAUGUUUCUUGAUCUCUAAGGCAUCAUGUUUGCCUUCUUUUGGUUCCCACUUCUAGGUUGUCAUAAAGCUCUGUAUCAUGGUUUGAAGAAGCAGUUAUGUGAACUUUUAUGUUAGGGCGGUAUUAAACAAAGAAUUCCUUGGUGCUUAUAAAGUAAAUUUACUUUAAAAUUGUAAAUAGCAUGAGGACGCCUUUGGAAGUAUUGUUUGAAUGGGACCCAUUCUGAGUAGGUUUGCUUGGAGUUUUGUGUUCACAUUUGAUUCUCUGGUAUGUUUCUCUUCCUUGAUCCAUCAGACUUUUACCUGCACAUCAGGUGUGGUUCCCUGGCCAGCUGUGUCUGCAGCUAAUCUUUGUACUUUUUGCUUGAGAGGCCAGGCUGACUUGUGCUUUGCAGUGAGAAUGAGGACCUAUCCUUGAUGAUGGACCAAGGCCAAAACUAUAACUUUAAUCUCAUGGAUUGAGUGCUGGAGGUGGUUAGCGUAGACCUGCAGGUGGUAGGCUGCUCAGGAAAGAUUUGUCGAGUGAAUGAUUACAUCCCGCUGAAGACUGAAUUCAGAUGACUUCUCUGUAGGUAACUGGGUUGCCAAGAGGGAUGACGCUCUUCACCGGCGUCCACCUUCCUCCCUGGUGUCAGGGUGUGUUUACGAGUUUUUACCGACUCUCCUGCUUUCUUCAUUUCCUUAUCUUUUACUGAAUAAAUAAAACACCCUUCAGCUAUUA